UCUCCCUCUCUCUCUCUCUCUUCUUCAGGGGAUUCUACUCUUCCUAAUUGCAACAAAAUGAACAAGAUGGUGGUUCAACACAACGCGUUUUCAGUUCAUGACGACAUGCUCAACGCCUCCGCCCUCGACGAACGACUGGUUUGCCCAAAACCCCGCCGUCUCGGUUCCAUCAACGUCCGCCCUUUUCAAUCAGAUGCUUUGGAACUCCUCUUCUUAAAGGGUGGUUGUGGAUUGGAGAGUUUUAACAGUAGUGGUACAGAAUUAGCCUCGUCGCCGCCGUUUUUUUGUGGCUCGCCGCCGAGCAGAGUAGCUAACCCAUUAAUCCAAGACGAUCGAUUUGGGGAUGAGAAGCCCAAGGUGUUCCCCAUCUUCUCGUCAGCGCCUCCUUCUCCGUCGUCGCCUCCGCCGUCAACUGGUCGGACAGGCGGAUGUGUUCGGGUUAAUUUUGGAAACAACCCGGCGGUGAGAAUUGAGGGGUUUGAAUGCCGGCUCGAUAGGGAGAGGCGAAACCGCAGCGUUGCUGCUCUGGCUUAGAAACGCGAUCCAAGUGGAGCGGAGCCCGAUUGAACAAUGACGAUGACCAACAAACCACAAAC